AUGGCGGGCGUUUUGAAGAUCGCUCAGGAUAGUGAUUCUCCAGUCGUAUCACCAGCAAAAUCAGAAAGAAGUCUGACACCAAAGGUGCCAGCCGAACUUGUUCAAGGGGUUCCUUGUCGCUGCCUUUUGGUUGGUGGCGGUACACCUUUCCGCACAUCUGGCAAAGUGGAGACAACCAGACAUGUGAAGCGGUGCUCGGGCUAUGACAUUUUUGUUAGCCAUGACUGGCAGACGUCCCGUUGGCUGAAAUAUGCUUCGUUGCUGGUACUUCUCAACUCCAGAGCAGCUGCUCUGGCUACACUAGUUGUGAGUCUUGCACUCGGUUUGGUGGUUGCAUAUCAGGUCUUGCCAAACUACAGCUUGUCAAUGUCCAUUGGCUACUUGACAUUUGCCGUAUUCUUCCUCUUUUGGCAACACAUUCGGGACAUUUUCUUGACACCAAAGCUGGCUUUCCUCGACAAGUUGUGCAUCCCACAAGACGAUGAAGAAGUCAAGGAGAAGUGCAUCCUUGGCCUUGCAGGCUUCUUGAAGCGCUCUCGAAAGUUGGUGAUUCUUUUCUCAGAAUUGUACAUAGGCCGACUUUGGUGCGCAUAUGAAUUCACAGCCUUCAUGAGAAUGCAUUCCAAUCAGGGGCAUGUGCAGACUGUACCGGUGGUGCUGCCGUUGCUCAUUCUACUGCAUGCAGCUUGGUGGUUCGCAGUCAAGAUGUUAAUAUUCCUGAUUUGGCAUACCUCUCAGACAAGCCAGAUGAUGAAAGUAGUGCUGAGUACUAUUGGCGGCCUUGCUGUGAUGUUCUUGAUCACAUAUCCUUUGCAGGCUUGGGUUGGGAGGCGGUUGACGAAGAAUUUGCAAAGCCUCUCCCGGCAACUGCGAGAAUUUGAUAUCCAUGAAAGCAAGUGCUCUUGCUGCUCUGCUGGCCAUGAGACACCAAGUGGAGAGAGAAUCCCAUGUGACAGGGAUCUCAUCUAUCAAAGCCUGGCUGACUGGCAUGGAAAUGAUGCUGCCGAUUUGCAAGAAAGGCUUGAGGGUUUCAACAAAGCUGUCCGAACCCAAUUUGCUGAUCGGAUUUUGGCAACCUGCGGAGAGCAAUCCAUGUCCAUAAGACUGCUCAUCUACACAGUCUUCAGCAUGAACACUCCAUUCUUGAUCAUCAGGAUUCCAGAUGCCAUUGGGCAAGCACAGCAGCAGCCGUCCGCAUUUCUUGCCUGUGUGGUUGCACUGAGAAAUUUGGUUGGCAGUUGGGGGCACAUUUGGCCAUCGAUGCUUGUCUACCUCUGGGCAUGCAAGACUAUGUGGGCACUAACCCUGCGGUACAAUCAAUGGCCUAUCUUGAUUGAAACAGGUUUGUACAAGCUGAGCAGCUGGCUGGGGAUGGAACUCAUGGAGCCCACCCUGCCGGAACAGAUGGUAAGAGCGUUUCGCGAAGCAGCCAACGAUGCUUUGGUCGUGGCGGAGCUCCCAGGCAUUGCAUGGGAGGAGAUCGCUCCUCCCGCCGAUGCCGAAGAUGGUUGUUUCAAGCAAAUCCCACACACCUGGCGGGACAUUACUGCGAAGUCCUCACAAAACGCGCUCCCAGCGUCGAAUCCAAGGCCAGGGAGCUGCUUUGGUUUUGAUCAUUUUUGA